GCUCAGAAUUCAACACGAAACUCUAGAAUUCCCCAUAACAGAAAGCUCAAGACGCCAUGCAGGAGUAGUCCGCCGACGUAUGCAUAACGGCUUAAAGCGCAGUAACCGAAAAGGUCCGAACACGGGUGUAGCCGGCAAAGGUUUUGGGAGAUCCGGACAGCCGAUCACUUCGACAAGAGCCCUCCUCUGGCCAUUAGCCGUGACUAACGUUGGGAGUCGGGGACUGUUAGACUCUGGAAGUCACACUGAUCUUAGUGUCACGUGCCAUUUUCACUUGUGAACUACUUCAAUGCCCCUAUCCAAGGACCAGCGAGGUCUUUCCAAUGGCUAAAGAUCACGUUACCCGUCAGAUGAGUCAGUUGAUCCACUUGCCUCCUAAGUAGGCCGACUUGGCCACCAGUCUACGUCGAGGAGUCUUGACCUCUGCCCUGUAUGCCUAACUGGAAAAUUAUAUCUCCGUGCGAGACACAAUAUGUCCAUCCAAUGCAGAUGAACGUAUUCCGGGUCAUGAAGACUGUUGUUGGCAUGUUGUACCCAUCAGCUUUAGAGGAGCUCUCCACAAUUGACGAUUUGGGAGGAUACACCGCAGUUCUCGGAUACACAUUCUCACAGGAACCCCCAGACCUAUCAGGCCUUUCCCUCUCUUUCGCUGCCUCAUGGAUGGAUUCAUGCAUUUUUGUCCGAUUCCGUGAUAUGCAGAUCCAAAGCCAUACGCAUGACGUUUGCGCUGCCGUCCCCAGCGAGCUCACGCCGGUCAUCAUGGACAUAUAUGAUGGGACAGAGACGGAGAAUUACUUUGCGCGUAGGAUAUGGAAGCAGCUGCAAGUGGAGAGAUAUCAUCAACGUGUUUCACAGCAACAGGUUCCCGGUGGCACAGACACCAGAUUACCACCAGCCUUCUGGAAGUGCUCUAUAUGUGGCUCCGAUCUCAUCCAUUGCAACAGCUGCCAGGUUGCGUCGUGCGAGUCGCGUGAUUGUCGUGGAUCUUCUGAACCCCCGCUGGCGCGGUGCAUCACGCAUCCAAAGGAAGUGCUAUGUCUCCCAUGCCUCGAGCAUCAGAAUUCUAAGCGGCUGGAACAGUGUCCAGUGUGCAAUUUUUGGUGCUGUGCGAAGGAUAAGUCCUUAUGUACUGGGCGUCCCGUGGGCAUUGAGUCCCAUCCUGUCUUAUGGGGACACUUCAAUGUCACGCGCUUGAUUGCCUAUUUCACUCACGGAAGGGCUCAUCCUCACAAGCCAGAGUCCUGUCUGGAAUGCGAGAUACCCGGCUGGCGGUCUUGCUCCAAUAGACCAUUCUGUUGGUCUUCUCGGAUCUGUCCUAAGUGUGCGAGCAGUGGCGUGAUGUGUCUGUGCGAAAGAGUGUGGGCUUGCGACCUCUGUGCGCAGUGGGCAGACGUUUUCAUCCGAUGUCCGCGCUGCGACCGGCCAUUCUGCAUCACUUGCUCCUACAUCGAUCGUUGCAAGGAGUGUCAUCGCGUGAGCCUGUGCUACGACUGCGCCAAAGAAGCACCAGAUGCAGACGAGGUAAUGCCUGUUGAAGUUGCCUCGUCAUGUGAAAGCUGCUUGGAAGGUGUGCGAAGGUGUAGGAUUUAUUCAUGGGAGUGGAGGUAAAUAUUUAACUCAAACUUAGACCAAGGGGUCCGAGCCGGAGUCACGCGGGACCUAGUGAGUUCACUAAAGCGCUUCCUAUGAACGGGAGAACUGAUCAGAUUCGUCCAGGGUUCUGACUGUAUGUUGCCCAUAGUGUAAUGAUUCAAGCUCGUGACGUACACACAAAAAUCAGCGCCAGCAGUCUCCCCAGUUAUUUUCUCGUAUCUAAAACAUCGCGUCGAAGUUCGAUACAGAACGAGUCCGAGGAAAUCGGUGUACCUUGACAGGGUCCUCGUAC